AAUGGUGUUUUUCUGGAAACCGGAAGAAGCGCUAACCUUGACGUGCGAGUAGUGAAACACAUGCGCUGCUUUUUGAGGGAAAAAAAGCUUGACAUUUAAUAAUUCCUGCCAAUUUCAUUGAGCGCAUUAACAAGAACAACUUUAAUGUCCUCCAGUAAUUCUCCGGUAGGAGUUGAACUGUAACGCUUACAUGUUUUUGUGCUUAAACGCCGUCUUCUAAGCUAGCUUAAUUAGUGGCUAGCACGUACCACAUAAAUACUGCACCCCAUGGGGUAGUUUAAUAUCGCCUGCUGUCCAGUCAUGAGGAGCCCUUUUCUGUUCGUCACCAGGAGCUGUAAGACUGUUCACAGUCUGAAACAGACCCAGUUUGUCUCACCAGUUUCAGCUCUGGAGAGACAUCAGAGAGUCGUGUUUAGAUACUCGAGCACACGUUCCUGCGACGACAACAAGAACUACUACAUCACAACUCCCAUCUUCUAUGUGAACGCUUCUCCGCAUUUAGGACACUUGUAUUCAGCUGUCAUAGCUGACUGCUUUCACAGGUACAAGCUUCUUCAGGGCUUCAACUCAAAGUUUGCGACAGGUACUGACGAACAUGGCAUGAAGAUCCAGCAAGCUGCAGACAUUGCCGGAAAAGACCCCCUGACCUUCUGCUCUGAUGUGUCGGAGAGAUUCAAGCAUCUCUUCAGCAGCUGCAACGUGUCAUUCACAGACUACAUCAGAACCACCGAGCGCAGACACUGUGAGGCCGUGAAGCAUUUCUGGUCAGUGCUCUGGAACAAAGGGCUCAUCUACAAGGGGAGUUAUGAAGGCUGGUACUCCACACAAGAUGAAAGCUUCCUCACGCCGUUGCAGGUGGGAGACGCUUUGGACUCAUCUGGGAGGGAGAUCAAAGUAUCGCUGGAGAGCGGACACAAGGUUGAGUGGAUGAAAGAGGAGAAUUACAUGUUCCGUCUGUCUGCAUUUCGGUCUCAGCUGCUCGAGUGGCACAGAGGAAAUCCCCGGGCCAUACAGCCCGAGCGUUUCCACCAGGCUGUUCUCCAGUGGCUGCAGGAGGACCUUCCGGACCUCUCUGUCUCCCGCCAGAGAAACCGCCUUCAGUGGGGCAUCCCAGUCCCCGGUGACGCUGAACAAACCAUCUACGUUUGGCUAGAUGCUCUGGUGAACUACCUCACAGUUGCCGGCUAUCCAGAUAAACAUGACCAGUGGUGGAACGUGGCCCACCACAUUGUUGGAAAGGACAUCUUAAAAUUUCAUGCCAUCUACUGGCCAUCGUUUCUCCUCGGGGCCGGACUGCCGCUGCCACAGACGAUACAUGUGCACUCACACUGGACAGUAGGGGGGAAGAAGAUGUCUAAAAGUUUGGGGAAUGUGGUGGAUCCUCUUGAACGCUCACAGAUGUUCACAACUGAUGGAAUGAGGUACUUUCUCUUGCGUCAGGGCGUCCCAGACUCAGAUUGUGAUUACACAGAUGACAAAGUUAUUAAGGUGCUCAACGCAGAGCUCGCAGAUUCUCUGGGUGGUCUGCUGAACCGCUGCACAGCUCCAGCUCUUAACCCAGCUCAGGUGUACCCCUCUUUCUGCCCCCAGUCCUUCCCACGGGAACAGGGAGGCAGGGCUGUGGUUGAAGACUACCACAUGUUGGAUGCUGUGCAACAUCUCCCUGCUGUGGUGGCGCAGCACUAUGAGAGCAUGCAGGUGUACAAAGCUCUGGAGGCCAUCAGUGCCUGUGUGAGGCAAACCAACGGGUUUGUUCAUCGCCACGCGCCUUGGAAGCUGGACAGGACGGACAGCAAAGACCAGCGCUGGCUAGACACCAUCAUCCAUGUCUCCCUUGAAUGCCUCAGGAUAUAUGGCACACUACUACAGCCAGUAGUGCCAGAGAUUUCUAACAAGCUGCUGUCCAGACUGGGGGUGCAACAAGGCAGGAGGAGCUGGGCUGAUGUGAACUUCCUGCCAAGGUAUCAGGGAGCAGACUGUCCCUUUGAAGGAAGAGCGCUGGGAUCGGACUCUGGGGUGCUUUUUAGUCGUUUGGAGAGUCCGAAUGUAGAUCAACAAAAAGCAAAGAAAAACAAAAAGGCAUCAAAACUGAAAUGAGGAACUGUUUUAUGUUUGCUGUAACUGAUUCAACCAAUAAAGAAAGAAAACUCUAUCUUCUGUGAGGGGUUCAUCAUCUUCA